AUGCCAAAACCUACUCUGCGAUCGCGAUACUGGUCUCACCUGCAGACAACAAACUGGCAUCGCUACCACAUCUUCUCUUCCCAUACACCAAUGGAAAACAACGGAAGCCCGUCGCCAAAACGAGCGAAAAUAGAACCCACAGACCAAACCCUGCUACAUUUGGCUGAAAAUGAUACUGAAUUAGCGCACGUGCUGGCGUAUCUGUCUCCAGUCCCAAAACCGCUUCCGCCCAAUGCCAAUUCCGUUACGCCGGAGCCCCAAAAGGACGCCGCAAACCCGUUGGCGCAAGAAAAACCGGCUGGAACAUUGGCAGCACCAACGGGAGUCGAGAUGGAGUCUCGAAAUCCUACUAAACAAGAAGCAGAAUCUGGCAAUUCCACAUAUUCGGUGACUACAGGUGCUACAGGCGCUACAGGCUUUGAAAUCCCAAACAGAACAGACAGAGAGAAGGUGGAUGGCAUUGAAAGCCGUGCUUCUGAAACACAACCUCAAAAUUCUGGAUCGUCUGGACUAUCGUAUCCGGAGUCUGGUCUGGGAACUCCAAUGAAAACUGAAGCAGUAACUUCGGUGUCUGGAGUAGCGGGCACCGAGGUUCCAGGUUCUGCUGUUUCUAAUACGGUUCCUGGUAUUGAUGUCGCCCUGUCUGGAUCUGCUGGACCCACUUCUGGGCCCACUGGCCCAUCAUCUGUCUCUGCCAUCGAAACCUCCCAUACAAAACAUCCUGUGAACAAAUCCAGACUUGUUGUUCUUGCGGGAAAAUGCCUACAACACCACAUCCUAGACCAUUUGCGCAGUCUUCGGCUAGUGCCAAAUGUGCCAACGACAGAAGUGUCGGCCGAUCGCCUCUCGACCUUCCCUUUCAAAGAGUACACAUAUGUCAACUUCUGUAUCGAGUACGACGAGACAUUCUCCGAGUCGCUCGAUAAAAUCAUGCGCUUUUGCGAGAGCGAAAGUAACAUUUUUGCCAAAGCCGAUGAAAUCGCCUAUCACUUCAUCUUUGAAAAAGGCAAGAAAUGGGCAUCGUACACCCAGGCAGAAAAGACUCUGUACGAGAAUUUUCUCGCAUGCUUGAACCGAGUAGCAGGAGAAAAAGUUACCCAGUGCUCUUUGGUCAAUAAGUACGACAUGAGCACAGUGUACGUUACAGAAAAGGAGGACUUGGCCCGUCUAGGUCAAGAGAUACAAGCAGACUGUGACUACUGGAAAAACUUGAAGAUCUUCGACUACGGCGAAAACUGUAUUCGUUUUCUUCCUGGGGUGAAGUUCCCCGACUCAGUUCAAGUGAUCAAUAUAGGAGGCGGGUCCUCGCUAGAGACUUUGGCUGGGUUCAAAAUGCCUGCGCACUUGAAAGUUCUAAUCGCAUCCAAAGGCUUGAUUCCUUCCAUAGACUAUAUUUCGUUUCCUCAAUCACUUGAACGGCUUGAUCUUCUGCAAAACAGAAUCUUCUUUCUCAACUACGUCGAGUUCCCUCCGCAUUUGAAGGCUUUGGAUCUCUCGCAGAACCGCAUUGAUAGCCUCAAAAACGUUGUUCUACCUCGCGGACUCGAGUACUUUUCUGUUUCCCACAACCCAAUCGAAUGCAUAAAGGGCGUCCGGUUCCCAGAAACUAUCCAGUACUUGGACCUUUCAUGUAUUCCAAACGAGUCUAUGACGGGAAUCAAAUUUCCAGAUGCCACAGUUUCGCUCAAUCUCCAGCAGUCCAUGACAAACACAAGAGGACUAAAGCUACCGCCUUUUGUGAAAGAGUUGAACAUGGCAUGUGAUGGAGUCAAUAGCAUCAAUCCGCUCCGGCUCCCCAAUUCGAUCGAAAAGUUGUUUUUGGCCCACAACAACAUCAAAAGCUUGAGUAAAGUGGCGUUUCCCUCGGCCCUCCGUGAGCUUUAUUUGGGGAAUAACAUGAUCACCACAUUGAAGAAUGUGCAAUUCCCGCCUGGGCUUGAAGUACUAGACUUGGAAAUGGACCCUUACGCAGAAGAGAACGAAAAAUACAUUACAACGUUGAAAGAUGUGGUUCUUCCGCCCAACUUGCGCAUAUUGCGCUUGGGGUAUCAUCUGAUCAAAGCCAUUGAAUCGAUGGAGUUUCCAUACAACUUGCAGGAGCUUAGUCUCCAAUACAACGACUUGCGGGUGUUUCGAAAUAUCCGUUUCGGCCCCAAGUUACGCAUUUUAGAUUUAAGCGGGAACCAAGAUCUCUUAAGUGUGGACAGUGUUGUGUUCCCCGAAUCUCUAGUGGAAUUCCGCAUUCCGUCGUUGCUCCUAAACAAUUUGCCUGCUACAGUUGUGGAACGAGCCAACAAGCACGAGUUGACACUCACCAAGUCGAUGCCAUACACUAUAUAA